GCGAAGUUAACGUUGUUAUCGUGUCGCGAGGCAUACGCUCGGUAAAGACCGGGGAAGUAGAGGAUGAAAUUUUGUGCGCGCAGUGAACAGAAUGCUGAUUUACGCGGAGGUUGCUGGAGCAGAUCCAGGUACUCGGUGUUCUUCACCAUAAAUGCGACGGGUCUGUUGGAGGUGUACGACAUCCUGAACGGCCUGGACUCGCCGGUGACUACGUUUCGCGUCUGCAAUGACAGCCUCACGGCCAUCGCGCCUCACGAGAACGGCCAGCUCCUGGCGGUCGGCGGUCACGAUGGCAAUAUAUAUCUGGUGGAGUGUUCCGAAGGGCUCAUUAUUAAUACCAAAGCCGACAAGGCGAAUCUUACUGCCUAUUUCGAGAGGUGCAUUCGUUUCGAGAAGACCACUGACACACGAUUGAAGGAAAUACGCUUGAUGCCAGCCAACAUUCACGAGGAUUCCGCAGCGGACCACGAUGCGUUCGUACCAAAGAGCAGACAUCAGAAAAGAAAUAAUAAAGGGGGAAAUAAGAGCAAGACGCAAGUUAGAGAAAAGGGCGAGCACCCCAGGAAAAAAUAUCGCACGAAGAAGAUGGAGAAGGACCACACGUUCUUCGAGGAACUGACGGAGUCAGAAGAGGCAUUUUUUCAAGCAGUAAAUAGGGAACUUGCGAGUUACACAAGGCUGGACCCCGAAAAAGUGGUCAGUCUCGUGGAGGUAACGCGUAAGAAAAAGUUACUUUCGCGCGAGGCAUCGACGGCAGGGGUCAAAAAGCCGCGUAAAUCUAUGAGGAUGGAAAGGAUAAGAGCAUCUGAGCUCGAAUCCCCGACGAGGUCCUCGACAGAGGGGACGGAAGUUGACAAGGAGGAAGCUGGAGAAAGGGCGGUUACAACAUUAGGGGCGCCAUUCGUAAAACCGAGGAAGACCGUGAAGAAACGUCGCGGAGAGGAGAUUUCGAGGAAAGUCUGCGCCAUCGAGGUCUGUAAGCCGGAAAUCUGUUGCGCAGACCUGGAAGAAAAGUGGAAGGCUGAAGUAAGAGCCCAACUUGCUUCGGAGGGAAAGAAAUAUUCGUGGGUUAUCACCCAACGGCGACGUGAGUUAUUCGAUCUUGAGCAGAAGUUGCCGGAACAUUCGUCAGUCGGGGAGAAAAGGAUCCUAUUGGUGGAGGACGAGUCGCUGGCGAACAUACUCGCGGACGAAGUCGGGGAAGCCAGAAGGGAAAUGCGUGCUUGGCAGGAGAGAAUCGCGUUGGGUAAACGUGACUUCUGGCGGCCCAGAACGAUCGAGGUUGUACAGGAGAAACCAGAAGGAAAAAAGAAGGAAGUCGGGAACGGCGACGUCGAGUCGCCUGCGCGAGGAUCGGAUUUUCGGCAGCUCGUGGAAACGAGCUCAAAAUGGAGGUCCGCGAUCGAGGACAAGACUUUGCAAACGCGCGGAAAAAGAAAGGCGAGGAAGCUCGACUCGUAUCUUGAGAAGUGCGACCAGGAGGAAGGGACGUUGUCCGCACAUACUGACGAAUCAACGGAAAUGAUAACAAUGAUGUCGGCGAGACGCGAGUAGGGGCGGCGAUCGAUAAUUUAACAUUCGUGAUAUUUUGGUGAUUGCGCCAGUUCGGCAAAAUUCACCGGCCAAUGAUAUUAAAAUUUUCGACUGCGAGAACGGAGCUGAAAUGUAAACCAAAUUAAUAAUUGAAAAAUGUCGGAGCGCAAACAGUAACCUGAUUAUAUUAAUUAACUCAGUUUUAAUUUUAAUUAUUUCGCAAUAUGAAGACUGCAUUGGCGAACUGAUUGCCGAGCUCUAACAAAUAUAUACGUGUCUCAAGGUAUCAUAAAGAUCCAGGAAAUUGUAACUCGAAAUAUAUUCCCGAAGCAGUAAUUUAGUUUAAGUAUUUCCUGAGAUAUCUCAAGAUCUUGAGUAAGAGAAAUUACGAAGUUGUUCAUUUGAUCGAGGCUGUAUGGAGAGGCGGAGAAUGAUCUUCAAGAAGUUCACGGAAAAGAAGUUGGCGGAGGGCACUUGAUAUUUGAAUAGAAUUGCAAGACUUUCAACGUGAUGCUUGGCAUAGAUAGAAACGGAUCAAAUAGAACGGACAAGUAUAAUGCAGGGUACACUCAUGUAUACAAACGAAAAAUCGAAAGAGCGGGUUCAACCGAGAGCUGAGAGCUUUUUCAAAUGAAAAAAAUCGAGCAUUUUCGAAAUGACUCGUCAAUGGUUCUACAACGUUGCUGCAAAACGAUGAAUAUUACCGAGGAGGUUUUUCAAAAUUCCGCCCGGGCGAUUGUGUAAAACUGAAGUGGCAGCGACGAGGCAGCGGAGAGGCUGAAACUUAAGGCGGUAAAUUGUCGUAAUUACCGCCGGGGAUCAAAGGGGUCCAGUUUAAAGUUUCCGCCCGAUUAAUCGAUCGCACGGCGUAUCUCGAUGCGCCGGGACGGAAGCGCAGGUGUGCGGAAUAGGUAUAUCGCGGCCACGGGUGUGCGACUCGCGGCUCCCGAGGACUUGGAGAUGAAUCCUCGCCGAAUUGGAAAUAAGACUGACCUGCUUUCGUGGAAAAAAAGUUUUCUAAAACAGUGGGAUGGAGUUUAAAAAUUCAAGCGGGUACGCCCGUCGCUUAAUCCGCGACAAGCGUCCCGUAAAGUUUGCAGCGCAUCUGAAACGCCGGCGGAUUAAGCCAAUAUAAAUUAAAUUAUGGAAAUCGUCCUGGCGCUGACUGCAAGAAUCGAUUUUCACUUCGCGAUACACAAAAGACUUCGGA